AUGGAAACUGCUUUGUCGUCGGACGAUAGCUGCGAUUCUGAAUUAAAAACGAUGAAAACGCAAUUGACUGAGUUUGGUUUAGAUGAAGAAAAUCUAAGUAAAGAAGAAAUGAUAGACCUUCUUAAGGCAUUAAAAAAUUCAAAAUCGACUGUUAAAGAGGAAGAAUUAUUACGGCAGAAGGUUGAAGAUAAUGAAUGUAAUGCAUCCUCAAGGGUAACAAUGAAGAGGAAAUAUCUGAACGUCAGGGACAGAAGAAUGCCUUGGAGUAUAUUACCAAGUACUAUAACAGCAGCUGAAAGAGCUCACACUCUUGCAGUAUAUAUUAAAUUGAUGUCUAUUAAUAAUUAUAGACAAGCUAGACAAUCAGUAAAUUUUGCCGCAUGGCCACCACCGUUACAAAUAAUUGAAGAGUCUACUAGAAUUUUACCAACAAGAUCAACAAGAAGUGGACGUUCUGUGCCAGUUUAUUGUGGCUUCGAUGAUGACUCGUCUGAUUUUGAAACAGUUGUAACAAAAACAAAAAAGAGAAAGAUCUCAAAUAGCGAUAACAAUGUAAAUGACGGUGUUUACACUAAUAAAAUUGUCAGUUUAAAAAGGAAAACCACAAAAGACGAAAACACCAGGCCAGUCAAAGAACCGAAAAUUGUUUCCGAUGUGAACAACUUAGAAUUGGUAAAUAGUGGUAAAAUGAAAUAA